UUUUUAAUCUAUCGGUAAUUUUAAAAAUGUGUACCGUUACUUAUAUAAACAUGAUAAAAUAAAAGAUCAAGGACUUGUGUGAAGGGGAUGAUGUAGUCUUAAUUUAAAUGAUGAAAAAGUGAUCUGAUAAGGAACGACAAUUUAAUUAUUAAUAAAACCUUGACGCUUAAUAUUUAAUACAUUGCAUGCAAUGAAUGGUGCUGAGCCCAGCUCUGAAGAGGGCUUAAUAGAGAGAUUCCCCGUAAGUCAAGUUAAAGUUAAGAUAACAGUUAAAGUUAAGUCGUACUUCUUCACUGUCCUCACACGACACCAAAGACUAGUAAUAGUUAGUAACUAACUGAAAUCAAUUACUAAUGGCCAUCCAUAUAGUACGUAUGCACUGGAAAAAAAAUGUGGUGGGGGGGGGUCGACUUUGUGUAGGGCUUGCCGGUUUAUUUGUUUUUGGUUUUUUUUCAUGUUUUUUUGGGGGGUAAUCAGUAUCAGCAGAAAGUAAGUAUAUUUAUUCACUUAAUUCACACAUGAUUUUCAUGGUGAUAAAAUAAUUCUGCACUAAUUUAUAGUAAUUACUAAAUAAAAUUAUUUUAUUCUGACAGUCCAUAAAAAUCCUAUUUAUAUUUUGCUGUGAAGUGAAUGAGGAACAGUUGGAAAAUGAACUUUAGGAAUGACUCGGAAUGUCUAAAUAACAGCAAAAGAUUUUGAUAGGAUUUCUAUUACCUGUUUAUUAAAACAAAAGAAAAAAUAUUACAUUUACAUCCUUAUAGUAUGCAAUGCAUAACUCCAUCUUGGCCUGUCUCAAGGCAGAGCCAAAUUAAUCACAUCAUUAUUACUAUCAAUGGAAAAUAAAGACACUCUCUGCAAGAUGUACAAGUGAUGCAUCAUUAUCAUGCUGACAUUUGUGGUGACCUCAUCCUUUCAGCAGCAAAGCUAAAACUUAACUCAAGAAGGCAAAUAUUGUUUGCGGAAAGCAGCAUUUUGACAUUGUGAACACCAAAGAUAAGGAAAGACUUUGGUAUAGCCCUAAAAAACAGAUUGAGUGUCCUUAGAGAUGAAACUUCAAUAGAGCAACAACCCAUGGCCAUGGGGUAAUAGUAGAGAGGAAGUCCUGGUUUAUAGGAUAAACUAAAGACUAAAGGAAAAAUUUAAGAAGUAGCCAAUAGACAGUAGUGGAGCCAGUCAGUGUACAGGGAUUGAAUGCAUGAGUAUGCAAUACAUAAUUCUAGUAUUGGUGGUUAAGGAAGGAAACUACCCUUCUUAAGCAAGGUUUUCAAUUUUAAACUUUUAGUAAGUAUUGUGAGCCAUACAAGCAGAGCUCACAAUCAGCUGGACAUCCCUGGUAAAUAACAUCUUUUAAACAUCUUGCUUUUGUGCUAAAGUAAAGCAGUCAGGAAAAUGCAAUAUUUUUUCAUUCUAGUAAGGUUUGCCUAAACUGAGAUCUAUAUCUAACAAUUAUGUUUUUUGUUUCCAAAUGUUUUAAAUUAUUUUCAGCAUUACAAAACAUACAAGGCAUGUCAGUCUCAAGCUUUUAUGGCAAGUUCUGUCACAUUAUUGGGAGGUAAAAAAUUAAACUUUUUAUCUUGAAUUAAAUUAAAGUGAAUAAGGCAAUACCCAAUCUUAAUGAAAAGAAGGUUUUAGUUUCUUUUUUAUCAAACUAGAUUACAUCAAUAAAUUUAGAGAGCUCAGUGUGUUGCCCCUUGUGUUUAUUUUUUAAAAUUUUCAGUUUAAAUAUUCCAAUCUGCAGAAAUAUAAAAUAGUGUUUCUAAAAAGUUAGUUCAAGAUUAUAAUUUUUCUGUAGCGAUCAAUUUAAAGGUAACAAAAUCUUGUUUUAUUAAAAGAUCAUAUUUAUGAUAUUGUUUGUUUACAUGAGAAUCAAUUGUAUCAACAUUUUUACUCAAAAUUACUUAACUAUUUGUAGGUGCAGCAAUAACCUAUGUGCUCAUGGAUGUAGGUUACAAAAAAUUUAAGCCUACAAUCAGCAGAAACUGGCAAAUAGCUGCACCUAUUCUCAUUGGAGCUUUAUCCGCAUACUUGGUUAUAAUGGGAAAAACCACCAAUUGCCAAAACAUGUGGAUGGCUAUGGAGGAGAGGCACUCAGUUUUAACUCCUGCUAAUGGUUAGACUUUAUUUCAGUUAAGACCAUUAUUUAAGUUAUUAAAUUUUAUUAAAAUCAAAAUGUCAUGACUCUUGGAUACUGAAAAUGUAAAAAAUUUGCUAUUAACAAAGCUAAAUAAAAAUAUUUUCAAAUAAAUUUGUUUAAUAUUUUUUAUUGAUGUUACCUAUUUUUAUUUAUUGAUACUUUAAUAUAUUGUUGAGUUUCUUGUUUUACUUUUACAUUUGAAUACAACACUAUGAUUAGAGUUUGUUUGUAAGGUCAUCUUCAAAAUAUUCAAGCUGUUUGAAAGUUAUCCACUGAAUUCUCCUCCCCCUAUCAUCACAAAUUUAUGACACCCCCUCACCCCCAACCCUCAUCUGAAUGCAGACCUGUUUACUCUUAUGAUUUUGGCGUACUAUGUACGAUUUUGAGGUGUAUAUAUUAUAUACUGUAUGUUUAUUUUUUUAAUAUUAAGAUAAUAACGAUUUUGUGAUGAUAUUGUACGAUUUUAAGAGUGUGAGGGUAAACAGGUCUGUGAAUGCAUGACAUCAUUUAUGGAUGGUGCCUAACUUAGUUUCUGAUUUUAUUAUUAUAAAAAUAUUUUUCAGAACGUCUGGCCAUGAGAACAAAAUCAGAUCAGUGACUGAGUGAGUGAACCUUCAAUAAUUAAAUUGCCACAGAAGAUGGUAAAGACAUUAGAUGACGAUAUCACAGGAGGGUUACUAAUUCGUUUUUCAUAGUCACCAGUGACAAAUUUAAAUAUAAUUUUUGUUAUUUAUCAUUUUAACACAAGUCCUAAAUCUCUCUCCCCCACUCCCCAAUCCAUUGUCCUAGAUAAUUUAUUAUUCCAUCUUGGAAACCCUUCUAAAUUUAAAUAUGUUUAUGCAGAGGUCAUCCAUUACUUAAAUAUGCAAUAGGGGGGGGGGGGGGGUUGGGGGUUUGAUUACAAAUAUAGAUUUGGCCUAGCCUUAGAGUCACCAAAAGGUGUUCAAACAAAUGCAUAACAUGUGGAGGAAGUAUGAGUCACAAAUGAGCCUACUAAUCUAAUUAAACAACCCUAAAAAUUAAAGUAUGCAUUCAAGUAACGAACUUUACAAGAAUCCCUUUAUAAGAAUCCCAAUUAGUGUCCCCCCGGGGCUUGCGACCGUACAUUUUUUUCACGCCCCUGAACUAUAUUAAUAUUAUAUAGCAACCCACCCGCUUUUACACAGCAGAUUAAUUUCACCAACUAUUUCAGAAAAAACAAGAAAAUAUUACGCACCAAACACACUUGCGAUUUUUUUUUGUUUAGAAUCUCAUUUAGCACAGUUAUCUGGAAUUUCAUUUUAUCUUCCCCUUGAAAAACAGGAAAAACGGAUUUUUGGAGGUUGGGCAUUGGGGCUGAAAAUUUGAUAGAAUGUGUUGUCAUCAGCAAUGAGUCUAUGUGCCAAGUUUCAGCUCCAUAGCUUGAUGAAAAGUUGGCUAAUUAGCCAUCCUAAGAUUUUGCCUGAAAGUCAGCCAGCCACCCACAAACAAAAAUGAAGUUAUAAUAUAUAUAUAUAAAGGAUUUAAAAAGAGCUCAUUGCUGGUUUCUUUGUUACCAAACUCAUGCUGGUGUUAAAUUUGCUAUCUACACAUCAUCAGUGAUAAUUAAACCAUUUGAUGUUAUGUUAUAUAAAUUUUUAAAGCCAUUAAAAUUGACAAAUGGUUUUUUUAAAAAUAUGUUAAUUGAUUUAUAUAUUUAUAUCAUAUAAUUAUAUGAAAGUAAAAUAGAAUUGUUAAGGUCAAUUUCUGUUGACUCUUACCCACCCCCACCCCCCCUCCCUUUAUUUUUUUGUUUACAAUUGUCAUUGUCAAACUUUUUCCAACCCCGCUCUACCCUAUUUUGUUGAUGUAACUAAUGGACGGUCCCAAAAUAAUAUUUGUUACAAAGGAAUUUCGUAUUCUUUUUAAAAUGAGCCAUUUGUAAUAAUUAAAAAAAUGUUUUUCAUGAAACUUGUUAAAUAGAUCUUUAUAUUUUAUUGAUUUAUAUUUUAUAAUAAAGAAUGAAUUUACUUGAAUUAUUUUAUUUUAAUGAGGGAUAAAUGAAAGUAGAUUGAACUAAUCACAAGUAAAUUUGUACAAGCAAAAUUAUACUGUAACUAAAAAUACUUUUUGGAUCUUUUUAAACUCAUUUGUAACUGCAGAUAGUAUUGAAGAAUGAAAGGGAUUUUGCAUGCAAAUAUCACUACUAUUAUACUAUGAAAUGUCCUCAAAAUAACUACUCAGAGUCAGAGAUAAAAGAACUAUUUAGAAAAUUGAAGGUGACUUGUUGAAUUAGCCUUUAUAUCUGUCAUUAAAAACACUAUUAUGAAUAUUGUUCAUGGUUUCCCAACCAUUUCUAUAUUCUGCACCCCUACAAAUUGUCUCAUCCUCAGGGCUUAAAAUAGUAACUUAAAUUUAAAUUAAAAUUAUGCAUGUAUAAAAUUAUUUAUAAUAACUUUUCCUUGCACUUGCAUUCCCCUGAUAUUGAUACGCCACCUUGCAACCGAGAUUGGGAAACUGAUGUACCAUAACAUUUGACUGAUUAAGAUGGAUGAAAUUGACCCAAUGGAAAAUGGAAAUAAAAUGAAAUUUCAGAUAUUGUUAUGGUUUUGUUUAUCCCAAAGUUUUUGUAAAUAUUAAAAUAUUGAAUUUGAUUAUAUUUAUAAUUCAUUUUCUAUUUCUGAAUGUUGCAACAAUGCUGACCAACAAAAUAGGUGUAUACAUCUAAAACUUCAGAAUAAAUUUGAAGACCUU